ACUGUUGUAUAAACUGUAUUUGGGUUAGCAAAAGGACGCCAGUGGAGGACAUUGGAUUUAAAUUAACGCACUUAAAUACUUUUAUGUUUCUUGUAGCUUUGAAUUUUAUGUAGUUUAAUUAGAAAUGUUUUCUCUGUCGUCCACCGUUCAGCCGCAGGUCACAGUUCCACUCAGUCAUCUCAUCAAUGCACUGCACACUUUAAAAGGUUCAGUGAGCUGCAGUAGCUCAGUUAAACCGAAGCACAGAGAGAAGAGUCCAGAACAAGAACUGCACACUGCUGAGCCUCCGUGGAACCUCAGAGACCUGGGACUGACCGACCUGGGAGUGCCGCACCUGAAUGAACUCGUGGACAGACUGUUACCCUGCGUGACUGAAAAUGUGUCACCACAGCCUGCUAGAGUAGAAUCAAAUCCCUGGAGAAGCUCUUACCUCUCCACAGACUCCUUUUUUCACAAUAAAUAUGGCUUCUCAGUUUCUAGAACGAGCGGCGUUUCACCUGUUUUUUGCAAACAAAGCUCUUCCCCUCUCCAGACCGUCUGUUCAGAUCUGAACGUCUGGCCAGUAUUGAUUCAAACUCGAGGCUUUAAAACUUUAAAGUCAAAGACAAGACGCGUACAGGGUGCGUACGACCGCUCGGACACCGACUCAUUCACUCCGUCUUUUAUGAAGGGCUUGCUUUCGCGAGACAGAGCACAAGAUCCAGAGACUUUGGACAAGCUCCUGAAAAACAAAAGCAUUCCAGAUGCACAUCACGACGCUUUCAAGACGGGUUUUGCCGAGGGAUUUCUCAAAGCUCAAGCUCUAACACAAAGAACACAAGACUCGUUGAGGAGGACGAGGCUCAUUUUGCUGGUUCUGUUACUGGUGGGAUUGUAUGGACUCUACAAAACACCGUUUCUAUCGGUGCGGUUCCGAACCACAUCAGGCCUGGACUCGGCGGUGGACCCCGUCCAGAUGAAGAACGUGACCUUCGAGCACGUCAAAGGCGUGGAGGAGGCCAAGAACGAGUUACAGGAGGUGGUGGAGUUCCUGAAGAACCCACAGAAGUUCACCGUUCUGGGAGGGAAGCUUCCGAAAGGGAUUUUGUUAGUCGGACCUCCAGGUACUGGGAAAACUCUGCUGGCCCGGGCUGUCGCAGGUGAAGCUGACGUUCCGUUCUACUACGCGUCCGGAUCGGAGUUUGAUGAGAUGUUCGUUGGAGUCGGCGCCAGUCGCAUUAGGAACCUGUUUCGGGAGGCCAAAGGCAACGCGCCCUGUGUGAUAUUCAUCGACGAGCUGGACAGUGUGGGAGGGAAGAGGAUCGAGUCUCCUAUGCACCCGUAUUCGAGGCAGACCAUCAACCAGCUCCUGGCUGAGAUGGACGGGUUCAAACCGAACGAGGGCGUGAUCAUUAUCGGUGCUACUAAUUUCCCUGAAGCUUUGGAUAACGCUCUGGUCCGUCCAGGCCGUUUCGACAUGCAGGUUACUGUCCCCAGACCCGACGUGAAGGGCCGCACCGAGAUCCUGAAGUGGUACCUCAAAAAAAUCAAAAUGGACCCAGCUGUGCAGGCUGAGAUCAUAGCCAGAGGAACAGUGGGAUUCUCGGGAGCUGAGCUGGAGAACCUGGUGAACCAGGCUGCCCUGAAAGCCGCUGUGGACGGCAAGGAGAUGGUGACCAUGAAGGAGCUGGAGUUUGCCAAGGACAAGAUUCUGAUGGGCCCGGAGCGACGAAGUGCAGAGAUAGACGAGAAGAACAAAAUCAUCACAGCCUACCACGAGUCCGGCCAUGCCAUCAUCGCUUACUACACCAAAGACGCCAUGCCUAUCAACAAGGCCACCAUUAUGCCCAGGGGUCCCACUUUGGGUCAUGUGUCCAUGCUGCCGGAAAACGACCGCUGGAGUGAAACCCGAGCUCAGCUGCUCGCUCAGAUGGACGUUACUAUGGGUGGCCGAGUCGCGGAGGAGAUGAUCUUCGGAAAUGAGAACAUUACUACCGGUGCGUCAAGCGACUUUGACAGCGCUACUAAAAUUGCGAAAAUGAUGGUGACGCAGUUCGGCAUGAGCGAAAAGCUGGGGGUCAUGACUUAUGCAGAUCUGUCCAAGCAGAGCCCAGAGACUCAAGCAGCCAUCGAACAGGAAGUCAGGACACUCUUAAAAGAUUCGUACGAAAGAGCCAAAACGCUCCUGAAGUCUCGCUCCAGAGAGCACAAGAACCUGGCCGAGGCUCUGCUGAGGUACGAGACGCUGGACGCCAAAGAGAUCCAGCUGGUACUGGAGGGGAAAACCUUAGACAGUAGAUGAGCAGGAUGCAGAACCACAGCUUGGUCUGCUUCAGCACCAGUGUGUGUGAAUCCUUCAGUUCCUCCUUUGAGCCCAGACUGAAUGUGUCCAACUGAUUUCAAUCUGCACUGCUUUUUAAAAACGUGUCUAUAAAUCUGCAGCCACUCCUUAUCACCUACCAGUGUUGAGUUUUUACAGAGCUGUAUGGCUAGGUUCACCAAGCUAAGCUCCAUGUGCAAUCCCCCAUCCAAUCCCCCCAUGCUUAAGCUGGUUUGUGUCUUAUGUUAACAUAGACGGCGGUGGUACGCGAGUCUGUAGAACACAUCAACAAAAAAAUAGGUCUAGUGAACUAGUACUGAUGCAGCAUUUUAGUAAUAGUAUCAUAGUUUAGAAUAGUAAAUCCCUUCCGACAUCUCGAUCCCCUCUCACUGCAUUACCUCAGAAAGCUCAACGGUCGGUGUGGUCAAAAGUGUAAUGACCGGAUUUGCACAUAAUGCAAAGUGCAGAAAUCACGUGACGAGCGUAAUCGUAAUGGAAAGUGGCAGAAAUCUAUACAAGACAAAGGAAGUAUCCAGAGUGUAAUUAGAAAAGCUCCCCUAAACUAAAAUAUAUAUAUAUACUGUUUGUGGAUGUAUAUGUAUAUAUACAAAGACAGGGGGGCCUAUAUUAUAUAUAAGUAUUCAUACAGAUAUCUAGAGAUUAAUAUAAGUAUAAGAAUAUGAUGGAAAGAGGAAAACAAUAGUAAGGAAAUAAACGUGUACACGAGCGCCCCCUUGUGGAGGCUUUAUGUUACAUUUUGUAUAAAGAGAGGAAGAUACAUUGCUUGUGUUGCCUGCAUCAUGUAAAACAGUUUGAAAAACCCUGUAUUAAAGUGUGUCUGUACGGUUUUGGCCCGUGUGUGUGUGUGUGUGAUCCUACAGCUGAGUAAACAUGCUAAUUUUCCAUGAAUUGCUGUAUUAAUAAAAUACACGUUUUUUUUUUAAGCUCUCAGCACGGUUUGGUUUCACCUGUAUAUUUUCUAUUGACCUGCUUUUGAAUGUACUCAUGCCGUUAGUGGUGUAUAUAUAAAUAUACUGUAUAUCUGUGAGCAUUUUAUCUCCUGUAUAUACCUGUAUAGAGGAACAUUCAGCUUCAGGACGGGGCGCUUUUUAUUUGGACUUGUGUUUGAUGUUUGCGCUGAAAUGAUGAUGAACGAGUUGUUGAGGUGAAUAAACAUGUACGAUGAAUUAAGCUCUGCUGCAAUCAAA